GCACCUUCAACAUCCAAAGAAACCCAUCUUGUUGGUAACAAAACAAGGGCCCAAUGAGUUUGUCACUCCUCCAGGGCUAUUCUUCAGCAGAAGAAGAAGAACAAGUACAAGAACCCGAACAUGCCCAUCUCCAAUACCCCAACUCUUCCGACGACGACGACGACGACGACGCCUACGCCGUCUCGGUCAACGACAAGUCGUUCGUCGACCUCCCACCACCCUCCUCUGGAUCCGGUCUUCCAUCGGCCCUCGACGUUUUCUCCGAAAUUUCAGAGCCGCCGGCGUUUCUGAACAAUAGCGUGGAAGAGUACGGUGUGAAGAGAGAUGUGGAUCAGCCGCAAGGAAGGCACGGUGGCCGGAGGAACAGAAAGGACAAGAAAGACUUACCUGCCGGUGCUGUAGUGGAGGCCAAAGCUCAUCUAGUUGGAAUCCAUGAGCGAGUAAGAAGUGAUAUUGUGGGUAAACAACCUCCUGCAUCAUCAGUUUCAAGCACAACGCAAGGAGGCAAGCGUGUGGCAACUGCAACCAAUCCUAAUGCAGAGGAUGCUGCAGAGCUACUGAGGAUGUGCCUGCAAUGUGGAAUUCCCAAGACUUUCUCCAAUGCUCGAGGAAUGGUGUGCCCGGUAUGCAGCGAUCGCCCUCCUGCCGACACCAGCAACGAGUCCAAGAAGAAGGGUUCCAUGAUAAAGGAUAAGGAGAAGAAUAAGAGGAUGAAGGGCCAGUCAUCUCAUGCCACGUGGAAAAGCGAAACGGAGAUGCAGCUUCGGCAGCAGUUUGAUUAGCAGGGUUGAGCCGAGUAUUCUUCAGAGUACCUGGAAUGAUGUAAUGUACCAUUUUUUUAAAUCAUGAAGAAACACUUAUUAUGUAUGAUCAAUGAAUGGAGUUGCUAACAGUUUGAUUAGGUGCAGACCAGGUCCAUCAGGGCAUGUAUGCGAUGUACAAUAUAUUUUAGCUUUUGUUUCAAGAUGU